AUGGAGGCCACGGCUGAGACAGUGGAGGAACGCUUGCGAGACCUGCAGGAUCGAGGCCUCCUGGGUGACGACGAACUGGACGACCAUGCUCAGGCGGCGCUUCGGAAGGCGGACCCAGAUAUUGCUAUGGAAGCUCUGGCACAAUGGGAGAGGCACAUGGCGAGAGCCGAAGAGCCAAUGUUCUGA